AUGUCUAGCCAGUCUCUGGCCCAGUCCACUGUCCCACCCUGCCUGAAGUCGUCCAUCCUAGUUCCCCUGCCUAGGAAACCCAACAUAACCAGCCUCAAUGACUACCGACCAGUUGCACUCACUCCAGUGGUGAUGAAGUGUUUUGAGAGACUGCAUCAGGAGAGCUAUGCACGGCUGCUUUUUGUGGAUUAUAGCUCCACAUUCAACACCAUCCUCCCCCACAAACUGGUGGACAAGCUGGUGGACCUGGGAAUUCCAUAUUCCACCUGCAUAAAGAUUAAGAGCUUCCUGUCUGGAUGCAGCCAGAGGACUAAGGAGGUUAUUGUCAACUUCAGGAGGAAGAAAUCUGACAUCUUGCCACUGUAUAUCAGCGGGGACUGUGUGGAAAGGGUGCUGGCCUUCUGCUUUCUGGGAGUCCACAUUAAGGAAGAUCUGACCUGGGGUUCUCCAGUUUUCCUUCCAGCAUGGACAAAGCCCAUCCAGGACCCCCUGACUCCACCCAGACCCGCCCACCUCCACUCCUCAUCCUCCUCUUUAUCCUCCCCCUCUCCAUCCUCUUCCUCCUCACCCCUCAAGCCCAACCAGGUUGGCCAAGUCAUCCUGUAUGGGGUUCCAAUUGUAUCGCUUGUCAUUGAUAACAAGGAGAGACUUUGCCUGGCACAGAUUUCCAACACACUCCUCAAGAACUACAGUUAUAAUGAAAUUCAUAAUCGUCGUGUGGCGUUGGGCAUUACCUGUGUCCAGUGCACUCCGGUUCAGUUGGAGAUCCUCCGUCGGGCCGGUGCCAUGCCCAUCUCAUCCCGCCGCUGUGGCAUGAUCACCAAGCGUGAAGCCGAGCGCCUGUGCAAGUCCUUCCUGGGAGAAAACACACCACCAAAACUGCCCGACAACUUUGCCUUUGAUGUGACACAUGAGUGUGCCUGGGGUUGCCGUGGUAACUUCAUCCCGGCACGAUACAACAGCUCCCGGGCCAAAUGCAUCAAGUGCUCCUUCUGCAACAUGUAUUUCUCCCCAAAUAAGUUCAUUUUCCAUUCCCACCGCACACCAGAUGCCAAGUACACCCAGCCUGAUGCUGCCAACUUCAACUCAUGGCGACGACACCUCAAACUCACCGAUAAGCGCCCAGCUGAUGAGUUAAUUUUUGCAUGGGAAGACGUCAAAGCUAUGUUCAAUGGAGGGAGCCGUAAGAGAGCACUGCCCUCCUCAGCCCAGUGUUCCUCCAUGGGGCCUAUGAAGACUCUCCCAGGUUCGGUGAUGCCUCACAUGAUGGGACCUGACCUGGGUGCUCAGAAACGAGCCCACUUUGAAGACGAGGAUGAUAUAGAUGGAGACAGCCUGUCUCCUCGUAAGACACCACGUAGCUACCCUGUCAUCCCAGUCCCAAGCAAAGGCUUUGGAAUGCUGCAGAAGUUCCCCCCAACUUCACUCUUCCCCUCACCUUACCCAUUCCCAGCAUUUGGACUCUGUCAGCAGAAAAAAGAGGACAGUGAUGUGUCAGCUGGGCAGAAAGGAGCAGGAUUGUCGGGUCUCUUAUGGCCUGGUCGCAAAGACACUUUUUAUCCUCCUUUCUGUAUGUUUUGGCCACCAAGAGCAGCAGGAGGAAUCCCUGUCCCCACCUACCUGCAGCCUCAGCCCAGCACCCUCUCAUCCCUGGCAGACAACCCCUCUCUCAGACAGGCCUUUCUGGAUCUCUCAGACCCCAGUGAGUCUGGGGGUGUAGCUGGCAAUGGAAAUGGUGUCAGUGCAACCAUGGCCCCCAGCAGCGGGACCACUACAUCUAGAGCUGGGCUGUUUGACACAGACUGCACAAUGGUGACCCCUGACAUUCGCCCAGUGGCAUCAGAAGGCUGGCUCAAACUGCUGGACACGCCGGCCCUUCAAACUAGAAAGCCGACCUAUGGCUCAGCCUUCCGUCCCGUCAUCAAGGAUGCAGAAAGCAUUGCCAAACUCCACAGCAAUGGUGGAGGAAUCACUGGAGCAACAGAUGAAGACUUUGGGGUUGUGGUUGCCGGGUCAGACCGCCACCAGCGGCUAUCGCCCAGCAGCAGCUGUAGUUAUGGAAGUGAAAGUGGAGGCACUGGAGAAGCAGAAGGAGGGGAGACCGAGGAGGAGGGGGAAGUGGACGUGGAGUCAUCAAAGCAGGAGGACGAUGAGGAGGAAGGUGGUUUCACAGCCAGGCCGUCCCUGACUCAAACUAACCUGUACCUCCCUGUGCUGAGCGACGGUGCCGGAGAGGAGAGGGGCAAGGAGAGAGGGAGUGGCGCUGUGUAUCCCAGUACCUCCCCUCCCUCCUCCUCAGACCCCAUCCAGCAGGAGUCACCCAGUUUGCCUGCCUCCCCCCCUGCCAGCCUGCCUCUCUCCAGCUCCUCCCCACCUCACCGAGAGGACCCAGCUUACAAAAACGAUAAAUGUGAUUUCCAGGUUCACAAACACAGAGAGGAAGGACUACCUGCAUAUGCAACCAAAGACAACUCCUGCAUUUCUGAUGAAAACAAAGAGCAGAAUAGUUUCUUUAUACCAGAGAGUGAGACGUCAGCGUCGGACUAUUGGAGAGAGAGCUCAGGUAACCAAAGCCAACGGGCUGCCUCUCCUGUGCCGCUAAAGAAGGAUGUUGAGAACAUGGAAAAAGAGGAGCUCCAGAAGGUUCUACUGGAGCAGAUCGACUUCAGGAGGAGACUGGAGCAAGAGUUUCACGCUUUGAAGGGCACCUCACCAUUUCCUGUUUUCCAUCAUUUUCAGGAUCAGAUGAAACGAGAGCUCGCCUACAGAGAGGAGAUGGUCCAACAGUUACAGAUGGAUUAA